UUUCUACAUGAUCCCAUGACAGAAUUGUUGAAACGCUCAUCAGUGGGUUCAGGUGGACAAACAGAGGAAACCAUCAACAUGUUCCAGGCACCUGAUCUCCGACAAGUCACCGUGUUGACCAAAGAUGAAUGGCAGAGGAUUCAAAAUGAAGUUAAGCAGGCUGAUAGAGACAAAGAGAGAAGCAGAGAAGCAGAGAAGCAGAGAAAAGCCCUGCACCUGAAGUCAAAACAGAUGGUGAAAGAGUGGCCAGACACCAUCGCUAAUCAAAGGCAAAAGAAGCUUGAGGCGAAGAAGAUCCGGGAGCAGAUCGAGGAAGAGAAAAGGAAACAGUUGGAUAUAGAAGAGGCCGAAUACAAUGACCAACAACGUAAAGAGGCCAUUGUGAAAGCCAAGACUCAGCUCUACUAUCAAACCGACCAAAUCAAAGGAUUACAUAGUGCACUCUUGCUGACAGAGGUGUUGAAGGAGAGGGAGGCUCAGAUUGAGCUGAAGAAAAGGACAAAGAGUGUCUCUAAAGAUGUGGAAAAAGAAUUCAUCAAUUUGGCGGGGACCAGAAAGGAUGAAGCUCUGAGGGAGGAGGAAGAGAAAGCACUCCAGAGGAAGCUUGAGAAACGGGCUAUUGCAGAGGAGCUGAAAAAUCAGAUGAAGAAACAUGAGUUGGCCAAGGAGCGACAAGAGAGAGAGAACGAGAAGGAGGGAGAGGAAAUCCUUCGCCUUCAUGAGCUCUAUCUGAUGGAGCAGAGAAUGGAGGAGGAAAGACAGGAAGAGCAGAAGAGAAACCUGAAGCAGGCUCAACUGGAACAUGUCAAUAAAAGAGACCUCAUGAGAGCAGCAGAGGCCCAGAAACAGGCGGUUGAAGAGGAUCAGAGGAAACUGUUUCUCUCUGCGAAACAAAAAAUGAUGAAGUUAAGGAAAGAGAAAGAAACUGAAUUGUUCAGAGAGGUCCAGAGGCAGAGAGAGGGGCUCAUGAAGAAACUGACGGACCAACAGCAGGAGCAAACUGUGAACGAGGAUCAGAGGAUCGCGAAGGCCGUCGCCGAGCAGGAGGCCAGACGUGAGCAGACGCUGAGGGAGGAGGAGGAGAAGAGGGCUGCAGGGUUGAAGUCCAUCGCUGAACACAGAGAACUGAUGAGACAAGAAACAGAGCAGAGGGACAAAGAAGAGCAACAGAGAUCCAGAGAAAUGCAGGUGGCUAAGAAAGAGGCUGACAGCAUAUUUUGUGAGAAAGAAAAAGCGAAGGCUCAGAGGAUCCGAGAGGAUCUAAAAAAGAUACAAGCCUGCAAUUCAAAACGAAUGGCUGCAAAAGCUGCCAUGCAACAGCAACUGAGACGGGAGGAAGAGGAGUUUGAGGCAAAGACCAGAGACCUCCUGGCUGAGGAAGAAAAGCAGUUUCUAAUCUAUUCACACGAGGUCAUCCAUGCAGCAGCAGAGGCUCAGCGAGACGUCUUCCCACUUUGCAAAGCGGCAAGCGAAGGGAUCGGAGGAGGACUCGGUCCUGCUUUCGGGGGAGUCAGGCCCAGCUACAUGGUUCAGGACCGCAGCGGUGCUCAGAUGCCUAACUACAGCUCUGGUGCUACCCAGAACAUUAAAGAGCUUCACGAGACAGUAGAUAUCCGAGAGGCAAAGAAGAGACUGGGGUUUAUGUGGGAAGACUAACAUGUUUGCAAGAGGAGUUGUUCCCAUCUUUGAGUUUGUUUCAGUUUUUGCUGCUUAGGCAAACUAUCUUUGUGCUUUUUCCGUCAUAUUGAUUUUACUUUUAAUUUGUCACCUUUCUUUGCAUGUAGGGUUGGGGGGAUGUUCCUAAUCUACACUCAAACCAAUAAACUACAUUAAAAUGAAAUAAUUUGUGUUUAUGAAGUUUGUGUAAAUGUGUCCUGGAACACACUGGCACAAAGAGAAGGAAACUGAACAUCUAGUAUUCGUAUUAACAUUGUAUAGGCUGAAAAUUAAUUUCAGCACUCUAUGAUUGACAUAUACACUAGUGACAGAGCAGUGAACAGCUUUAAGCAGCACUCUUUAUCUCCCCUCCCAUUUUCGUGGCUUUGUGAUCAAACAAAGGUUAAAAAAAAGUUCUUUAGGUUUGUGUAUCCUUUAAAAAGCACACAAAUGUAAAAAAAACUAUAUCUAGUUUACCUUUUGGUGUGUGUGUGUCUGUGUGUGUGUGUCUGUGUGUGUGCUUGUAUGUAGCAAUACAGCAGGUUUACAUUAAUGAAAAACCAAUCCAAAAUGCCAUUUUUGAACUUUGCAAAUUGCUUUUAUAAUUUAUCUUUUCAGACUGGAGAAUGAAGUGGCAGCUCAUGCAGUUUGGUUUUUGGUUUGAA